GGGUGUCCUUUUAGGUGCCUGAAGAAAAGCUAUAAAUGUCCCAAUCAGCAACGCCGCUUAUGCCCUUCAGUGCUAGACUUACUUCUCAUUUGCUAAGUUUCAGGGUGUCAGAACGUGUACACAUUUUAAUGCAGGUUUUAGGCUAAAUUCCGAUUACGGUCUCUGUUGAGUGUUUUUAACGCAAACUGCGGUAAUGGAGUGUCGCGUGCUGUCCAUUCAGAGUCAUGUUGUCAGGGGAUACGUAGGGAACAAGUCGGCAACAUUCCCACUGCAGGUGCUGGGCUUUGAAGUGGACUCCAUCAACUCUGUGCAGUUCUCCAAUCACACAGGCUACUCCCACUGGAAGGGACAAGUACUGACCGCAGAGGAGCUUAAUGUGUUGUAUGAAGGCAUCAAGCUCAAUAAGGUGAACCACUAUGACUACAUUCUUACAGGGUACAGCAGGGACACGUCCUUCCUGGAGACAGUGGUUGAUAUUAUCCAGGAGCUGAAGAAGGCCAAUCCCAGCUUGGUAUAUGUUUGUGAUCCUGUUAUGGGAGACCAAGGUGCUAUGUAUGUUCCAGAAAACCUGCUUCCAAUUUACAAGAACAAAGUAGUGCCUUUGGCUGAGGUCCUCACCCCCAAUCAGUUUGAAGCAGAGCUUCUAACUGGUAGGAAAAUUCACACAGAGGGCGAUGCUGUUGAGGUGAUGGACUUACUUCAUGAAAUGGGUCCAGAGACUGUGGUCCUUACUAGUACCGACCUGCCCUCGAAACGAGGGGACCAGUUUCUGGUGGCACUUGGGAGCCAAAAAAUAAAGAAACCAGAUGGGACCAGUACCAGUCAAAAAAUUUGCCUGGACAUUCCCAAAGUUGAUGCUGUGUUUGUGGGGACUGGAGACCUCUUUGCUGCCAUGUUGUUAGCCUGGACUCACCAUCACCCCAAGGACCUGAAGACUGCCUGUGAGAAAACAGUUUCAGUCAUCCACCAUGUCAUUAAGAGGACCAUCACUUAUGCCAACGAGAUGGCUGGUCUUGGGAACAAGCCCAGUCCUGCACAGCUGGAGCUGAGGAUGGUCCAGAGCAAAGCCGACAUCGAGAGUCCUACCAUUGUAGUGGAAGCUAAGGUUCUGCAUAACCCAUCGCACUGAAGACCGUAUACUGUCUGCCUUCUGGGAACAUUCACAUUGUGUUGGUACAAAUCUGGCCAGUCACCCAGACACUUGUAGGAUUUUUCACAUAAAAGACAGUCACAUGUGUCUGCCUUACAUAACCUCUGAAGGAGGAUAAGAAUGUAUUAGGAGUGGUCAACAGGAUGUGUUGUAUGUACUCUGCUCACAAACACACUGGUAUCACUGCCAUAUGUGUCUGUAGACUCUAGACUUCAUUUGCCCUUUAUUCAGAACAAAAAAGACAACGGUGAUUAGGUUAAAAGGUGGCGAAAAUGUACUUGAAUCCUCCUUAACACAGUGAAAAUAAAAUGGCUCGUUGCAGAUCUCCUGAAAAGAAAACCGAUGAUGUGUGCAUGACCAUGCAUCUGCUUGUUUUGACUGCAGUAAGUCAGGACUAGUCACAUUUACCUUGUGCAUUGCUCACAGAGCAUUAUAAGCACACUAAUAUACUGUCUGUAAUGACAUUAACACAUGCUGUGUUAGAUCAGAAUGCGUAGUGCAGAAGCAUUAUGCAUAUUUUUCUGAAAUCAUUUUGAUAAAACCUUAUGAAUGCAUGCAAUGUGUUUCUAAUGCACCUGGGUGUGCUAUCACUUCAAAAAGUGCUACCACCUCACUCAUUAUGAUUAGAUUAAUUUUCAGUCCUGAGAUGUGUAAUUCUAACUCCCUUAAAAUGUUGAACAUCUUAUGCAAACUAUCAAUAAUCUAGUUUUAUUAUCUUAGCUGAUUUCACCGUUUUAUUUUA